CUGUUUCUUGCUCAGAUGAGAUGUUAGUGGGAUGGGAGGCAGUGCAGGAGGAUUGCCUGGGCAUUAGCAGCUCCUGAUCGCAGGGAGAGGAGUGUAGAGAGAGAGAUAGAGAGAGAGAGAGAGGGGGAAGAUGGCAUCGAAGGAGGGCUCAGCACCUGGCUUUCUGCCCAUCAGCAGGGAGAUGACUGAAAGCAUCAGACGGGUUAUCGACAAGCCAUCCGUCAAGCUGGCCCGAGCCGUCAAAGCAGAGAACAAGAACGGCAAAUCAGAGGACAGGAUUUUGGUCCUGACAACCUGGCGGCUUUACCUCAUGGCUCCCAAAAUACCAACCAAGGUGGAACAAUCCUUUAACUUCCUGGAGAUCCGUGCAAUGAGCCCUCAUCCAGAGAACCAGGUUGUCAUAGAAACAGAUAAGUCCACCUACUCCCUCAGGUUGCAGUCAAGUGACCACCUGGAUCAGCUGCUCAGCCAUGUCAACUUUGCUCUAUCGCGCAUCUUCAACAACUCCGUCUACACCCCCUCGAUCUUCCAAGCAGAUGGAGACGUUUCCGACGGGGGUCAUAAAUUUUCCCCUAACUCAGAAACCUCAGUGGAGACCCAGAGGGCGUGUGGGGGCUUCUCAGAAACCUACGCGGCCCUGUGCGACUACAAUGGCAUCAGCUGUAAAGAGGAAGUGCAGUGGGAUGUGGACACAAUUUAUCACUCUCAGGACAACAGAGAGUUUAACCUGUUGGACUUCAGUCACUUAGAAAGCAGGGACCUGGCCGUCAUCGUGGCGUCCAUGGCGUACAACACAUGGUUCACCAAGCUCUACUGCAAAGACUUGCGCCUAGGCUCAGAGGUAGUGGAGCAAGUCCUUCACACAAUCAGUAAGUCCAGCAGCCUGGAGGAUCUAACGCUGGAGAACGCAGGCCUGAAAGCAGAUUUCCCUCAGAAGAUGGCAGCAGCCCUGGCAGAGAACCCGGCGUCUGUGCUGCACUCGCUCAACCUGGCCCACAACACACUGGACAAUCAAGGAGUGUCAAAUCUCAUCCAGCAGGUGUGUCGGCUCAGCAAAGGCCUCCGUCUGCUCAACCUCGCCAAAACCUCGCUGUCCUCGAAGGGUGUGACGUCUCUGUCUCAGGCUUUAUGCUCCAGCGACGACUACUCCAACUCUCUGCUGCAUCUGGACCUGAGCAAAAAUCCAGGCAUUCUGUCAGGAGAGGACGCCACGAACCUGUAUCUAUUCUUGGCUCAGCCCAACUGCCUGGUGCAUUUGGAUCUGUCGGGUACGGACUGUGCAGUGGAUUCAUUGUUCGGAGCUCUGCUGCGCGGCUGCUGCGCCGACCUGUCUUAUCUCAACCUCUCCAAGAACUCCUUCUCUCACAGGAAAGUCAGAGAAACUCUGCCCACCUUCCGUCAGUUCUUCAGCUCAGCGUUCAGCCUCACCCACCUCAACCUCUCCUCCAUGAAGAUGCCACCGGAUGUGCUCAGGGCUCUCUUUCUUGGAUUGUCCUCCAACCCUCACAUCACUGACCUGCACCUGGAUGUCAGUGGAUGCGAGCUCAGGUCAGCAGGUGCAGCCGUCAUCCAGGACCUUUUCCCUCAGGUGUCCUGCAUCAGUACCCUAGACAUCUCCGACAAUGGCCUGGACUCUGAUCUCCUCGCCGCCCUCCCGGCCUUCUCCCGACACCCUUCCCUCAAGCAUCUGCUGCUGGGCAAGAACUUCAAUGUGAAGGGCAGGGCACUGGACGAGAUCCUGCUCAAACUGGUGCAGCUCGUACAAGAUGAGGAGUGUGGUCUGCAGAGCCUGUCCCUGGCGGACUCCAGGCUGAGAUCUCGGGGUACGGUGCUGGUCAACGCGCUGGGCAGUAAUGCAUGCCUGAGGAAGGUGGACCUGAGUGGAAAUGCCCUGGAAGAUUCAGGAGCCAGGAUGCUGAGUAAAGCCCUGCAGAUCAACACCACACUCAGAAGUGUGACGUGGGAUCGGAACAAUACUACAGCUACAGGGUUUCAAGAUGUUGCACGUUCUUUGGAGCAUAACUUCACACUCCAGUACAUGCCUGUCCCGCUCAGUGAUGUCACACAGGCGUACCGCAGCGCCCCCGAGAAGACAGAACAGGCCAUGACUAAAAUCCAGCGGGCUCUGCUGAGGAAUAAUCAGACUCAGCGAUUCUCACAGAAGCAGGCUUUACGGCUGCACCAGGGCCUGGUCACCAGUACCGCUGAGCAGGUGAUGGAGCGUCUGUGUGUGCGGGUCCAGCAGCAGGUGUGUGUGCUGAGAGGAACAGGUGAGGGGGAGGAGCUCCAGGCUGCCAGACAGGUUCUGAAGGAGGCCAGGAACUCUCGAGCGCUCUACCCCUCACUGUGUGAGCUGGCUCAUGUGCUUUCUGUUGAUGGACCUGUCAGACAAAGACUGGAGUCCCUGGCUGGAGAACUGGCCAAAGCUGCUGAUAAAGAGCUACAGGUGAUUGUGGACUCUAUGGUGUCUCUGUGUCGGGAGCUGUGUCCCCUCUCCACCGCUGCUGCAGAACAGCUUUCUCCUCCUCUCUCCUCCAUCUCUGAGCGAGUCUCCAUCCCUCGCUCCGCGAUCCGCACUGCGCUGAUGGAGAGAGCGGCCCAGGACAUCAACAGAGCACUGGAAGAAGUGAAGCUGUCUGUGGUCUCCUAUCUCACCAACUCUGUGGUGGAUCAGAUUCUCCAAGAGCUCUACGCCACUCACAAGUCUCUGCUUCAUCAGGUCUCUCAGAUGCGCCGGAUGGACGACGGUGGCACGGCCAGGCGCACUCUUAGGCACGGAGACGUCCUGGACAUCCCUGAGGACGACUUUGGCAUCAGCAUAGAUACUAUCGCCAUUAAGAAGCGCAGCUCCAGAACGCGACGCAUACGCCCCGUCUCCACCAGACUGAGUCUAGGUGAAGACCCAAACGCCUCUCCUUCACUCCCAGUGCCUCGUUCAGUUCCUCCUCUUUCUCGCUCGGCUUCGUGGGAAGGCUUGUCCACCCUGCCCACCCAGGGUUCACCUCUGCGCCAUGUCACUCACGUCAGACCCCGCCCUCCAAGAAGACACAGGCCUGGUUACGCCCCUCCAGAGAUGCAUUCUUCUGAGAACGGUGGAGUCAACCUGCUGGAUGACGGUCUUCCAGAUUUCUACACCAAGAGGGUCUUACCAGACAGUCAGCUGUCCUCCCACCAUCAUGCUCAGGCUCUCAGGCGAAAGAAGAGACGCAGUGUGCUGUCCAUCUUCUCAGGCUUCAGGAAGAACCGCAAUUCAGCUUCCUUUCAGGACUCGGAGCCUGUAGGCCAGAGCGGGGCGUGUGGAGACGAGUGUCGCACCAAUGCUGCCACAGAGAAUGUAUAUUCUCAGGUUCUGCACCAUAAGGACAGUGGUGGGGCAGAUCCAGGGCGAGAGGGGGCUAACGGGAGGCUGGUGGGAGCUCAGAGAACCCCUCAGCUGCGUGGACGGACCAUCCAGGGCAUACCCCUGCCAGGAAUGAGCGGGAUCAGCCCCUCCUGCAUCUUACAGAGACAACAUUCUCCUGAGUACAGCGAAGUGUUCUGCUCCUCAGAGGAGGUCAGCGUGGCCAGCAGAGACUCCUCCAGGCCUCCCGACUCACAGGCUGAAGGUCAGACGCCCCCUGUGGACAGACACGCUCAGUCCCAGGACCCAGACGCAGACGCUGACCCAGGAACAGCCUCAGACUCCCAGCCACGAGAGAGCAGACAGAGACCCGAGCCUCCUCCACAGAGCAGCAAGCCCAGCCUGGCCCACACCAGACAGCGCCAUCUGGAGGAGAGCUCUGACAAAUCUACAGAGGAUUCUGAAGGAGGGAGAGAGGGUGGUGAUGAGAAAGAGGAAAGGAGAUGUCUGCAAGAUCAACAGCGGAAAACAGACGGACAAACUCCCAAACUUCCCAUCCCUGAAAAGUCGAAUGAUUCACCUGAGAAAUCUUCUGGUGCUUCUCCAUCACGAGACUCAACCAAUGCCAGCAGUGCACCGCCUCUAGUACCACCUGCCUCUGUGAAGCCUGUGCCCAAUGCAGGAGACUCUACCAACCCUCAAGGUGAUGAAGAAGAGCCCAGUUCAAACGGAGGGCCUCCAAAACCUCACAGAAACCGAAAGGCACACUCAUGUGAAGCAGGCAUGGAGCAAGGCAGCCCCGGUGAACUGGAGAGGUCAUCAGAUCCAAAGCCCCCUGUGAAAAAACCCAGGCUUCCCCCAAAAAGAAACAAAUCUCUGGAUUUUCCUGGUCAGCACAGUCCAGAGCCAGGCAACGGCAAAGCGUCAUGACCAGACCGCUGUGAUGAGCGGGAGAUGUUCUUUUAAACAGGGAAAAACAGAUGGCAGGAAGAUACAGGAUGAGAGAAGAGAUGGUUGACUGGAUGAAUGGACAGACCAAACUCUCUUCCUCUGAGACACAUUUUCUUCUUUACUGACUGACUGUCUCUUUCUUGCUCUCUCUCUCUCUCUCUCUCUCUCUCUCUCUCUCACACACACACACACACACACACAACUACCUGGUUGAUUUGCCUGUAAUUUAUUGAGAGUGUUGCAGCAUUCUAUUAGAUCUCUUUCUCUUUCUCUUUCUCUCUCAUCUAUCUACACUUCUCCCGUCCUGCCUCUCAAUCUUAAGACAAUCCUUGACGUGUGCUUAACUUAAAGGUACUGUGAGUAAUAAUAGAAGCAUUAAAGGUACAAUAAGCGAUAUUUCCACACUGCACUCCAUAAGCCGUACAGUAUACUUGCUUGCCUGGCUUGCUGUGACUCCGAAUAUGAUGUAAGCUCCAGUAUUACCCCAGUAAUAGUCCGUGUUUCAAUCUAUCUAUCCGUCCCUGUCGUGCAGGCCGCGAGCCUCCACCGCGUACCUCAUUCCUGCAGCCGUGAAGUAUUAUCCAGUCUUCAUGCCUUUGCAUCAACGUUUGGAAUUGGAAAUUUUCCUUUAUUGUACCUUUAACUCUGCGGAAGGAUGAUCUUUGUAAAUACGGAAGAUAAAGGAGCUGAUUUUGCACUAAUCACAGACUGGAUAACGGCUCAUCUCCGUAAUAUUUCUGUAACAUUUCUGUAACAUUUCUGUAACGGCUCUGACCGAGCAUUACUGUCGUGAACUUUAAGCUUAUUGUUUUUUUUUGUUUUUGUUUUUGUAGUAAGGACAACUGUGUCCCGACGGACGAUAGCGACACAGCUGAUACCCCUUUUUUCUGCCAUUUUAACUGGAUGAGGAGUGAGAGUUUGCUGGUUUUAAAUGACCUCUAUUUUCUACUGAAAGUGAUGUAAGUGUGAAAUCAAUAAAAAGGGAGAAUCUCUAUGCACA